ACAAAAGAAAAUUGGUGUCAGGGAUAAGAGGAAACUAAAUCAUAUCACAAUUGUUCACGGACUAGUAUACAGAUAGCAAUAGCGUAAGUGUUCCAAAGAGCUGUUCCAGUUACUUUGUACCGCCCUCCCUGUGUUACGUCUGUUUAUCAUGCCAACGACCAACUCGCCCCGGAUACGGUUGAAGUCAAAUAGUGCCUGACUGCAGUCCCACCGACGAAACGGACUCCAAACCGACUAACGAUAUGCCAUUCGAAAUACGCUACAUCUUAAAUCGGGUUUGAUUCGGUUUAUUUGGUGUGACUGUAGCAAAAACCGGAUACCCGGAAAGUGCACUGGAAAUUAUACACCACUUACUUGAUGUGGAUAUUCGGUCAUUACUCUAGGGCUACAUCAUCAAUAACUAAACAUGACGAAAUUGCGGUGGGAAUUUCUUCGAUUAUGUUUGUUGAUGGAAAUAUCCAGACUUAUUCAGGCUGAAGUUGAUGGUGUCCGGUUGCUAGGUGGGAACAAGCCAAACCAGGGUCGCCUUCAAGUUCGGUUUGAUCACGGGUCAAGCUAUCAGUACAUGUGUGCUGAAUCAUGGACCGUCAAAAACAGCAAAGUACUAUGCCGACAACUCGGAUAUCCGGGACUUGUACGAGACUACCGAACCACUUCCGGCUUGCCAUUUGAAACUACUUACAAUGGCGAUACGGUUUCGAACGUAGCUUCGGUCAGGUGUGAGGGAAGUGAAUAUGAUCUUGCCUCCUGUCCAAAUAACCACAGCGUAAUAUCAUGUUCCAUAGACCAAACAGUGUCAAUAAUUUGUCAUGAUUACGGAUACCUCGGCUGCUUUCGGCAACGUCCGGAGAAUAUCGGAUACGUCCCGAACUCUGUCCGAUUCAAUUAUGCCAUCACGAACAACGACGAAUGCAUUGUAAGGUGCAGUGGUGGAUAUGAUUACGCCGGAAGCUCUGGGUCAUUGUGUAUCUGCACGUUUAGGUAUCCCUCAGUUGAAUUAGAUCCGAGCGGAGAUGAGCAAUGUGAUGAACUUUGUGAAACUAACUCCCUUCAAGCGUGUGGAAAUAAUGCAGAAUAUGCCCAGCAGCCAUUUUAUACGUUUUACAGCACUCGAGACGGAUUUUGCGAAGCCCAGUCUGCUCCUCCCUCUGGUAAUAUAACCCAGUCAUAUAACCGCUAUGGUGAUUUUGUAACGUUUCGCUGCAACCCUGGCUAUGAAAUAGUUGGAAGUGACAGUCUACAGUGCAUAAGGACAUCAGAAAACACCAGCGAAAUAAACUGGAAUGGAACCCCUCCCACAUGUAAAAAACCACCCCUAGUACAACCGACCUCAAUGGGAACGACAACGAUUAUGACGAUCUCCACCACUCCCAUUUCCAAAGGUACAUCCGAUCCCUCGUUUAACUUCUCCUCACCCGGAAGUAGUUCAACCUCAAAUGUCGUAACAAGCCCAGAAGCAGCUACCAACACACCAAGCGCAACACCUUUAGAUGUGAAGUUUAUCGCUAUUUUAGCUGGUUUGAUCAUCAUAUCCGUAUGUUUUACUAUCCUUAUCACAGUUUUUAUCUCCUGCUUCGUAAUCAGGCGACAUAAAAGAAGAAGUGGUGACACUGUUCUUGAACUGCAGCCCAUCCAGUGUCCUUCACCCCCAUCUCAUCCAGACAAUGAACCCCGGCUGCGUGCUGUAAAAAACGACUACGUCAGCGAUGCGGAUCGUGGUCAUGCUAACGACGUUGCUGCCGACAAUGACCACGACACACAAGUGCAGCAUAACUACUCUUCGUUUCACCAGCAACCAAAUUCGGCUCCGAAUCUUAACAGAGCCAAGAAACACGGUUCAACUGAACUACUGAUUCAUGGGGGAGGUGACGAUGAGUACGCAUGCGCGUACGAGUGCGUUGACAAUACUGGAUCGGAUGUCAAUAGAGGAACGAAGGGCGCCUCGUUGACACAUGAAAGAGCUAAGGAUGUCGAUUGGCGUUCAAGCAAUCCCGCAACAAACAAUUUUAGGCCCACGACGACGACUGACCACGAAUACACAUACAUCGCAAACGCCCAAACCCCACCUUUUCUCUCCGAAAGACGAUAUCCUGACCAUGGCCAAGAUAUGGCGUACGAGAUCCCAACGGAGUCGCCAGCUGCUCAUGUAUUUCAGGAAGUAAAGCGCCCCCAAGGGUUCAACCAGGACACGAGUCAUUAUUCGAAUGAAACCGUUAUCCAUCCUCGAUCCCGGGCCAAUCGCGACAUUAUCUGAACCAAAAUUUAAUAUCUUUAUAAAGAUCUAUCAUAUCAAUUCAUGUUACUGGGCCAAUAUAUUGAAUUAUUUGAAAUGUUAUCAAUUCUUUUCAAUUUUACACAUGUCAGUGUUGUUAUAAACCCCUCUUCGUAUGUUCGUCAUCGAAUACAUUGAUAAUAGUGCCUGUUGUUGAAAUAUUUUCUCUUAUUUCAUUAUGGAUACUUUAAUCUUUUAUCCGUUUUUUUUUUCUUGCUCUGUAUGAGAAUAUGGUUUUGUCUUGAGUGCGAAAUGGACCCUUCGCGAAAAGUAAAUUGAUUUGUAUGUACACUGUAAAAAAUGAAGUGCUAAUUUAGCACUUACAGUGCUUGUAUAGUAACUGCACUACGAGUGCUGAUUUUCUAGUUCAAAUUUAAAUUAGAAAAUCAGCACUCGUAGUGCAGUCACUAUGCAAGCACUGUAAGUGCUUAAUUAGCACUUCAUUUUAUACAGUGUAUAUAUCAAAAUGUUGUUUGUGAUGGGUAUAUAUCAUUGAAUAGAAGAAUCCUUUUUAUGUUUCAUGUUUGUAGUUACAGCUUAGAAAAUAAAGCUCUUUAUUAAAAAAAUUAAUUAAACGUUUCAUAUUUAUGCCCUACGUAGUGUAUAUUGCAAUUGUCUGGCUAUAAUCAUGAAAAGUAGCCAGUAUUAUAUGAACGAUGAUUGUACAUUCUUACAGCUUGCAUAUCUUUAGUAAACUGGGUCAAUAAUGAGAAUUAUACUCGAGUAUCAGUUGAACAUUCCCAUCUUAUUCAACUCAAACACAUCUAGCGACCUCUCUCGGCAAUAGUUUUAUAUUCAUUUAAAAUGGCUCUAUGACCAUUUAUCUUACAAAUUUGGGGAUUAGAUAGCGUAGGCCACAGACUGUACCCCCUGCAUUUCCUUUUUAGCCCAAUCCAUGCUCUUGAAUAAAACAAUGUAAAAUCACAAA